GUUAGGAUUAGUUAGUAACCCAGGAAUAAGAGUCACUGUCACAAUGAAGUAUAUUGUUUUGGCCAUAUUUGUGUUUUCCCUGAUUGCUGUCGCAAAGUGUUGGAAUCUCAGCUGCUAUGAGCCUGUUUCGAAUAGAGGAUACUGCUUCGGAUUCUACAAGUUGUGGUCCUUUGAUUAUACCACAGGGCAGUGCGUACCGUUUGUCUAUGGAGGUUGCGGUGGAAAUAAUAAUAGAUUUGAGAGUAGAGAGCAAUGCGAGUUCUUAUGCUUUUCAUGAAUAUGAUGACGAGUUUUUGAAUAAAUAAUUGUGAAUAAAGUUUUCGUUUAACAAUUACAAGUCCGAAUGUUGGAAUAUUUUAAA